AUGGAUGAUCCAACUAGCAAGAAUGAGAAUGGAGAAAGGUGUGUGAUGUUGUUUGGCGUGAACAUCGCAGCAAAACGUUCUAGAGUUGAGGACAUGAUGAUGAUCGAAAGUUUUAACACUGAGGAUGAAAAUCAGAAUGGGAUGGAGCUUUGUUCUUUUGACAAACAGGAGGAUGAGAGUGAUGAUGAGAGGAAUGAAACUCAUGAUUCUUGUCAAAGUCUCAGCCUCGAAAACCGAAAAAAAGUGAAACAAUGGACAAAGAAUGAACACAAGGAGUUUUUGGUAGGUUUACAAACGGUUGGGAAAGGUAAAUGGAAGGAUAUAGCUAGGCAUUAUGUGAAGACCAAGACUUCUACUCAAGUUGCUAGUCAUGCACAGAAGUAUUUUCUCAGGAAAAGAACAUUUGAAAAAACAAAGCGCCAUAGCGUCUUCGAUAUGAUGCUUGUAUGGAUGAUGAAGAUUCAGAAACUCCGAGUCCUUCUCCGUCGCGGAAACCAUCCCCUAGCCACUCUAUAUAGAGAACAGUGGUCUAAGCCUCAGCAUCACUUGUUAACUAAGAGAGAUGAAGUCAAUAUAACCAUUCCUCCAUCUCAAUAUAUAGUAUCUGGUUUGUUGAAAAGUUACAAAAAUGAAUUGAUUCCAGCUGUUAAAGUUCACUUAAUAGCUGCAAAUAUAUUCACCCUAGAAAACCAAUGA